GGAAACAUCUUAACACGCCACAGGUUUUAUCCACCAGGUUACAGGAUGAAGAUGAUGUCCAGCAUCCUGCUGCUCCUCAUCCUCAGCUCAUGUCUCUGUGCAGCAACAUUUGUAGUGAAUGUGACACAGAGCAGCUAUCAGGCAGAGGAGAAGCAGAGCAUCACUCUGGAGUGGACCUUCACCACCAAGACUCAGGGAACAUGGAAGCAACUGUUCAUCGUCUGCAGCUUGUUGGCUCCUGAUAAACCGCGAGUUCUCUAUCAGGUUCAUGAAGGUGUUGAGAUUCCAGAGUCUCAGGAUGAUCAGUUUUCAGGACGAGUCCAGAGCGACAAAGACGUCCUCAGAGAAGGACGAAUCAGACUCCAUGUGUCCAGACUGAGGACUGAAGACUCUGGUCUGUAUCAGUGUGACGUGAAAACUGAAGAUGGAGUCAACUCUGGAAGAUGUCGACUCAGCGUUUCUGUUCCAGUGAAGGUUGUUGGUCAUGAUCCGAUUCAUGCAAAGGUUGGAGACGACGUUAUUCUGCCAUGUCAUCUGGAGCCUCCAUUUGAUGUGACCAAACUUACAAUCGAAUGGAGAUUCAAGGAUGAAAUAAUCCAUGUGCAUCGCAGCCAAACUAAAGAUGAUGAAGCUUCAGAUCCAAAGUACAUUAACCGAACCUUCAUGUUCCCUGAUGAGUUUAAAAAAGGCAACAUUUCCCUCAAAUUGACCAAAGUAACCAAGGAGGAUGAAGGGAAUUAUAUUUGCUUUGUUCCCAAACUGCAAAGUCAAGUCAGGAAGGGAAACGUUACUCUAAUACUUGAUGAAAGCGACUCGACUGAUCCUGGAGGACGUCCUGGAGUUAUUGUUGGUGUUGUUGUUGCACUCAUCUUCUUCUUCACCGUCAUCAUCAUCGUCGUCAUCAUAAUCAAGCGAUCUCAAAUCCAGCGUGUUCUACGUCACUACAGAGGUGAACAAAUUAUAUACGCUGGAGCACCAAUACAUGAGAGAAAUGAUGGAGAUCGCAGAGAAAAUGUCGACCCAGACGAUGGAGCUGAAGGAAAACCUUUACAGGAUCAAGGAAAACAAAACCAAAGUGAAUCUUCCACCUGAUCUAAAGUCUAUUCAAAGUUUGUUGAGCAUCAAUGCUGAACCGGACCUCCUCGUCUCUCCUGGUUCUGAUUCUGAGUUCUGCUGCUCUGGGAAAAUCUCUGCCCACCGUGAAUGAAACUCUG